AUGGGUGUAGUCUUCGCAUCGCUUUCUCCCUUCUCUCUCCCCUCCUUCCUUGCUUUCCAACCCCUUCACCCCCCACGCCCUCUUCUCUCACCCUCCCCCUGCAGUGAUGCGCAUGCAGCGCAGGCACCGGGCGCGUUGUGGGAGCAGGUGGUGGGGACGAUCAUCAACUUCAUCAAAGUGGCAUCUCCCACCCAGCUCGCGCUCGCACCUGAAAAGUGUGAGUUGCUUAGCGAGAAGAUCGCUCGUGUGCCCCAACAGCCACAUGCAGUGCAGUCCCUUGGGAAUUUUAUUAGGGGGCUAGGGGAGCAGCGCAGGAACCACCAGGUAGGCGAGUUGUGGGAGCAGGUGGUGGGGGCGAUCAUCAACUUCAUCAAAGUGGCUUCCCCGACUCAACUCGCCCUCGCGCCUGAAAAGUUCGCGUCCCUGUGCCAUCGCUUGCGCGAUUUACUCAUCACACACUCCCAGUACUCCCGGGGAGUGCUCCCCUUGAGGCGGGCGAUCAGCAAGGUGCAGCAGUGCACCACUGCGGAGCACCUCACCCCGCAACACGCGGACUGCCUGCAGCUCUGCCUGCUCCAUUCAUCCCUCACCUCCUUUCACUGCUGGCCAAGCUUCGCCACCCUGUGCCAUCGCCUGCGAGACCAGCUCAUCUCCCACUCCCAGUACGCUCGAGGCGUCCUGCCUCUACGGUGGGCGAUCAGCAAGGUGCAGCAGUGCACCACAGCGGAGCACCUCACCCCGCAACACGCCGACUGCCUGCAGCUCUGCCUGCUCGCCAAGCUGUACCGCCAGGGAGGGGACCUGCUGCAGGGGGAUAUUCUCGAUAUUGACCCCAAGAAGACGGGGCUGGUGCACCGGGACUUUCUUCUGUACUGCUUCUACGGAGGUACCAUCUACGUGGGUCUAAAGCAGUAUCAGAAGGCCCUAGACCUCUUCAUGCAUGCCAUCACAUCCCCAGCACAAGUCGUGAAUGCCAUCACAGUAUCGGCAUACAAAAGACAUGUGCUCGUGUCGCUCAUCCUGAACGCCCAGCUGUCGCCUCUACCCAAGUUCACGCCAGGCAUCGUGCAGAGAGGACUCAAGGCAUGCUGCCAGGACUAUCACGACCUGGCGAACAUCUACGUGUCUCGCGAUGCAGCAGAGCUCAAGAAGUUUGUCGAUUCCCACGAGCAAGCCUUCAAGGCGGACAACAACCUAGGCUUGGCCCAUCAGGUUGUUGCAUCGGUCCCCAAGCGCAGCAUUCAGCGUCUCACGCACACCUACCUCACUCUCUCGCUCUCCGACCUUGCUCAGUCGGUGCACCUGUCCUCGCCUGCCGAGGCUGAGAAAUACCUCCUUUCCAUGAUAGCAGAUGGGGAGAUGUUUGCGAGGAUAGACCAGCAGGCGGGCAUGGUGAGCUUUGAGGAGGACCCUGAGAAGUACGACUCGCUGGCCAUGGCUGCUGUGGUGGAGGAGCACAUCCAGAGGGCCAUGAAGACUUCCAAGAAGCUGGCGUUUCUCCGCGAGCAUGUCUCCUCAAACUGA